AUGAAUGAUGAGCUUCGGUCGCUCCUUGAUGAGACCACCAUCCUGUCGAUUUCUAGUGACUAUAACCUAGAAAACCCCGAAGAAUUUGCUGCCGCACGGCAAGUCCUGUUGACCAUCUCUAGAGAUGUAGUCGCAGAAGAAGCCACCGGCUUUAAUCCGAGCGGGCUCGGCGCCGAUGGUAUUGUAGAUAUCAAUUCCUCAAACCAAGGCGAUGACGCAGAAGCUGCGGGAACUACUAGCAGCGAUGCUAAGAGUGUUGGUGGCUUCACUGCCACGACGGAAAGUUCUAUCCCGCCAAGCCUUGCGUCUUCGGGAUCAUCCAAAAGUUCCUCUGGCGAGAGUCCAGGACUUAUCCACGUUGGCAUAUUCGACAGCUUAAGCGAUGGCGAGAAGGAACUUCAACUCUCUGAGAUGUUUGCCUCGCUCAAGUCCAUUGACAUAAAGUUAGCUUUGCAGAAGUCGAAGGGUGACGCAAGUCUUGCCAUGGACGAACUCCUCAAUCUUCAGUGGCUUGAGCAUACAGGCCAGCGCCCUAAAGGCGUUGAUGGCUUUUAUGUGUCUGACGAGGAUAAUGUUUCGAGCAAGAAAAAGAAGAAGGGAAAGAAGAAGAAAAAAGUUAAAGUGACAUCACCUAAACCUAACACCUCAGAAAAUACGUCCGAGGAGAUCAGUAAUAGUGAUCCGGUACAGAAUGAUCACAUUGCACUUAUAUCUGAUAGAUUCAACCUAACGCCCUCAGAGGUGACGAGCAUUUACUAUCACCACGGUGCCUCUCCUGGAGCCACGGUGGUUGGGAUCCUCAAAAAUUACAUUGCUCUUGGUCUGCCAUCUUCAGACUCUCAUUUAAUACCAUACGCCGAAGAGGUAAUGAAAGACUUUUCUUGGGUACCUCAAGAAUAUGUCGAGGCGACUAUUGAAAUCUGCUCUACACAGGAUGAUGCUUUAGACAUUAUCCGAAUGCUAGCAGAUCACUUCGAGAAGCCGGCAUACUUGAAAUACGAUGUGUCGUAUAGUUUGGUGGCGUCUGAUUUGGGGGAGAUUGAUGACGAACCCCAAGUGAUCAACGUAUCAAAAUCGGCACAACUGCCGAAGUCCCCUACAAGCCCUAGAAGCAUGCGGACAGCGGCAGUUAGAUUACCUCUACGGACCUCCACCCAACCCACAAGCUUGGAGGCGGCUGCAGCCGCCUCCAAAUCACUUGCCGAAUCGAGAAACUAUUCGUUCACAUCCGCCGCGGCUGCUUUCAAAAAGGGAAGAUCCGACCCCUUGUUUAGACAAGCUGGUGCAUACUAUGCGAACCGUGCCCGCGAACAAGCUGCAAGCUUCCGCCAAGCUAUCAGCGUCGAGGCUAACUAUCUUGUCGACUCGAAGAGUAGAGAAGACAUGAUCGACCUCCACGGCGUCACGGUGCAGGACGGCGUCGAAAUCGCGCUCGACCGGGUACAGAGGUGGUGGCAAAGCCUUGGAGAGGAUAGAGCGCGAAAAGCGAAGCGAGGGUUUACCGUCGUGACGGGUCUAGGUAGACACAGCUCGGACGGGAAAUCGCGGCUGCGCAUCAACGUGUUCAAAGCACUUGUCGCCGAUGGGUGGAAGGCAGAGGUGUUGACUGGGUCGUACCUCGUUACGGGGAGAAGGUAA